AAUCAGCGCGGGGCUUACAUGAAGUUAGGUUCUUGACGCAUCAGAGAUUUUGUUGUGAAAUCGACGUAGCAAAAACACCCGGAUUUGAACUACAGGUGCAAUAUUCCAGGAUUUCUUGCCCUUCUGGCGUAUUUGCCGCCCAGAUCUUGCCACCGUGGAUUCCAAGGACACAAGACUGGAUGUUUCUUUCAAAGGACCCGGAAAAAGGAUGAAGAAAAGGAAGGAAUUGGACGCAUUAGUCAGCGGCAAGUUGACGAAAAAGAAGCGAGAGGGACAUGAACUCUUGCGGUCCACCGGCAGCGAUUCGUCCGAUCUGGAGGAAUUUUCUCUCCCUGUUAGGAAAUCAGGUUUCUCAAAAAGACAUUCCAGAUGCAGGUUGUGUACCAGGUCAUGUUUCCCUCUCUGUAUAUUCGUCUUGAUGACGGCCUGUAUCGUCACCACGGGCGGACUGGUCUGGAUGCACCUGGACCUUAAGAAGGACCUGGACAAUCUCAGGGAACACCUUGCUAGAGUGGAGCAAAGUGAGAUGGCAAUGCCAGGACAGGUGGAGGAGCUGAAACAGGGCCUGAAGCAUCAGGACGACAGGCUGGAGACGCUGAGCACAGGUGAUACGGGACUGAGCGUCGCCAACAAACACCUGGCACAGCUGGACAAACAGAUUGCAAAGCUCAACAAGACCACAAUCAGCAUCAGUGCAAGUGUGGCCUCCUCACAGAAGCUGGUGGCUUUGCCAACAGCUGUUGAAGAUCUGUCGAAGCAAAUGGCUUCAAUCGGGAGUGAGAUUGAAUCCAUGAAAGAAGAGGUAGCAACAACAACAGCCACACAGAGACAACUGCAGCAGCAAGUGGAGGACAUGAGAACAGAACUAGACCAAUUAAAGAGAAACGAAGCUGUUACGGACGUCCCGGCGGCUGCAGCUGUGGGGCCUGUACCUGGCGUCUCCCCGACCACCCUGUCACCUGUCCAACAGCUGACCGCUGCUGCUGCGGCCACCAAGGCUCGUGCAGAGCUGGAGGACGGCGGUGUGCUGGGCAGUUAUGUGGAGAAGGAGGUGGCCAGUCUAACAGAUAUGGUGCACCAGCUGAACGACACACUACAGGCUGUGAUAGCUGAUGUGAGGACCAACAUGAGUGUACUGACCAACAGAGUGUCUGUUUUGGAAGCGGGCGGAGUCAGCGUGACAUCAGGGAAUGUUACCCAUCCUGCUGUGGAUCUCUUGCAGUUGAGAGCUGACGCUGAUAAGUUGCUGCUUGGAGUUGGCAGUGGAAACAGCACUACUGGUCUUGGUGAUAACACCUUUAACAGCCUCAUGGCACACAUUAGGAACAUCACUGCAGCGAUGGAGACACUGAAGGCACAAGUCACACAAUCCCAAGCUAAUGACCUGAAUGACCUGAACAGCAACCUCCUGAGUAACAGGACGGUCGCUUCGCUGCAGGGUAUCCUCGCUAAGGCGGCAGAUCAGUUUAAGGAAGAGAACAGCGUGAGCCAGGAAGACUUGACACAGCUGGAGGAGGCUGUACACAACCUGUGGGAGAUCACAUCCCAACACAGCAAUGACAUGGUCGUGGUGAAGGCACAGGUCAACCAGCUGCUGGGGACAGUGCAGAAUGUUCUGGACACCAUGGAUGUGGAACUUCUGAACAACAGGAACUCCACAACAGGCAACAACACCCUGGAUCUCGGGCCAGAUAUAGAUUUGGAAGGUGUUGAGGCUCCGGUUGAUGUAGAAUUGACGACAGAUGUAGAGCCAGCGAUGAGUUUAGAACUGACACCAUGCCAGCGAGAAAACCUAGAGGCCGUGGAGAGCGAACUGGUGGGUGUGUACAUCCCCCAGUGUCUGGAGGACGGGCGUUACCAGCCCCUACAGUGCCACCCCAGCACAGGGUACUGCUGGUGUGUGGACCAGUACGGAGAUGUGGUCGAGGACACCGAACUGGACAGGGGCAUGAUGCCCAACUGUGAAGAUUACAGUGCUGAGGUGGUGACGUCCCCUUCCGUGUCCAUCCAGUCACUGCUCAGCUCCACUAAGGCAAUCCUGGACGGGCUCGAGUCCACCAAACCGGCACAGGCCAACAAGACAGACGUUGCUGACAUCUUGAUGAACGGUACUCUAGCCACCCCGGUCAAUGGCUCGUCACUCAAUGUCACUGUCACCUUCAAUGUCACCGAACUAGACGUCACGUUGCAUGAUGGGAAUGGCACAAACACAACAGCUAUCAUGAGUGUGGAUGGUGAAUUGCAUGAUGGGAAUGAAACAUUGCAUGGUGGGAAUGGAACUUUAAAUGAAACGGAGGCUGUUGGGAACGUUACAGAGCCUACUGCAGUGAUGGCAGUGACAACUGACUGGCCGCAUCUCCCCCCUAUGAACGGAUACGAAACGCCACAUGCAUUGGAGAUAGGAUUCUUCCGUUGGGACGUCAACGGAGACGGGCACGUGAAUUAUGAAGACAUGGCCGACUUCCUGGGUCCUAAGCUGCCGCGCAGGGAAGACCUGAUGGCCUUUGACGCAAAUGGAAACGGACAGCUUGAGCUCCCAGAAUUCUACAGGGCUUUUGGCUUCCAUGAAGAGCCCAUCCACAUUCCCACAGAAGAAGAGGAGAUGGCAGAGAACUCUGACGAGAUGGAAGACCUCCCUCCUAUCCUGGAAGGUAAAAGAGAAGGCGAGACCAAGUGUAGGCAGGCCAGGCUGGAGGCCCAAGCGAGUGCUAUGAUUGGCCGGUACGUGCCCCAGUGUACGGAGGACGGGAGGUACCGCCCGCUGCAGUGCCACAGUAGUACCGGGUACUGCUGGUGUGUGGAUGAGCUGGGAGAGACAAUAGAAGGGACCAAGGCAGGGCCAGGGAUGGUACCCAGCUGUGACGAGUUUCUUGGAGAGCCCCUGCCCAUCCCAGUGGAGGGAGACGGAGACGCCGACAGUGAGCAGGACAUCAACAGCCUCUCCAACCUGCUCAAGGACUUCAAGAGGAGCAAACCAGAUUCUAACAACUAGUGACUGCCCCCUCCCCCUACCAACUAGAUCCUACUCCCCUCCCUCUUCCAACUAGAUCCUGCCCCCUCCCCCUUUCACAUCAACCACAAUUGAAUGUAGUCGUUGAAUCUGAUUAGAUGUUCUGGGUUUGAAGAAGAAAAAAAAUCUAUAAUAUUAUUGUAGCAAAGAGCCAGUAUUUUUCAACAGACUGAAUCAAAUUCAAAUUGUGGUAUAGUCGUGGCCCUAGGUUACAGCAUAGAAAUGUUUUGAGCAUCAGAUUCAGUUGAAAUAUUAACUAUGCAUAUCCUGAUCAGCUGUAAUUCUACCAGUUUGUGUGUGUGUUAGAUAUCAGACUGAUGGUGGUUCUAUUCUCCUUGCGUAAAAGUUACCAGCGUAUUAGACAUUCCUGAUUCUUACUGGUAGUUUAUUCUUGAUCAAAUUCUGAGAGAUAAAUGGGUAGGAAAUAUGAUGAUUUUAAGAAGGAGUUGGCAGAAGAAAGAUACAGAACAGCAGACAUUUUGACAAGGGUAUUGCAUGUGUAUAUGAUAUCCAUGGUAGGACAAACUGUUAACCAACAGAUUUUCACACAAAAACACUAGCUCUUUUCUUUGUGAACAAGCAUUGUUCGGUACUGGUAGAUAAGUAUUUCUAGUUCCAACUUCAACACACAUGACUUUACAUGAAGCUUAUUGUAGACACCUUGUUCUUACUAUACUGUGUCCAGUGUUGCUAGUAUCAACAGCAUACCCUAUAUAGUUCCCAAACAUGGUGUGGCCUUCAUAUUUUAUUAUAAAUUAUUUUAAGAUAGAAAUCAAAUUAGAGUUUAAUUUGCAUAAGACAUGGCUGUGAUUGCCCCCGAAGCUGUGAACAAUACUUAUUAAUUGUUGUUAUCAGUUGUUUUGUUUCUAUUUUCUGUAUGUGAAAGGCACAGUAGAGGUAGUCCAUCUGUAUAUGGUAAAUUCUGCAUAAGGGCAUAAUAAACUAUGCUGGUUUCUGUCUAGAAGGGAUCCAGAUAUGCAACAUAUUUUAUAUCAGAAAGAGAGAUCUGUGACAAAACAUACACAUAGUGAUUGUCAAUACUCAAUACUUUGUGUAGUGAUUGUACCAUGUAAAGUUGAUCUGGAAAAUGUAAAAGUACACCAUACUAAUUACACAUGUACUACAUGUAGCUGAUUUGUAUUUUAAAGAUUAAAUUUCUGGUUUAUACUGUCAAUAACAUUGGUGUUAAGGUAAAUCUGAAAAAGACAAAGAUUGUUUGCUUGUUACAAGCCAUCGCUCUUCUUCUGAAUGAUCACUGCUGGUUUACCAAGAUGUUGAUUUAGUAACAAACGAAAGAAAUCAGAAUUAUAGCAACUUUGUUGGGCAGUUUUCAUUCAUAUAUCAGCAUGGCCAUAUAGUAUUCCAGGACCUCAUGCCAACCGUAUACAAAGCAUACUAAUUGAAACUCAUUGUAUGGUUAUACUAUGUAGUCUGCACUUCAACAAGUUUUAGUGUUUGGUGUAAUAAGCACAGAUAAUUACUCUGGAAAAGAUUGCUUAGUAUUUCUGCUGCUUAAUUACAAUAUAUCUUAAAUGUUACUUCUUUCACCAUGACAGAUGGUACGAUUUUAUUUAUACAUUCAACAUGCAUGUGUAGAAAUUCAUAAUCGCUUGCGACCCGUGGUUAAUUUACCCUCUGUAUACUGCUGCAUUUCUUGUGGUAAGAAGAUUGUGAUUAACUUUCGAGUGUAAAUAUCCCUCCAGGCAAGCUUGCUAGUAAACAAUGGGAUUGUAAAUAUGCUUUGGAGUGGAAGUCUGUACCUUUGUAAGUAAACCUUAAAGUAGACAAUCAGCAAAUUUAUGAGUAGAUGCCAGAGAAAGUGUGAAUAAAAGGGUAAAAGAGAAA